UAUCUCCCUAUCCCACUGUGUGCGAAAGGACCAUGCGUCCGGAUGCCUUCUUGAUCAUCUGUUUUUUCGGAGUUUUCUGCAGGUGUUCUCAUCUGAAGAGGGGACGUCCACUUCAAACACAAAGUCAGAUCAGAUCUAAAAGAGAAUCCUGGGUUGGAGGUAGAGGCCAUUCAUCUGGCAGCCCAGUUCUAAAAAGAAGCUCUGAUAUGACCAAGUUCCCUGUGACAAAAUCUGAACAGCUCCUCCGAAUAGAUGACCAUGACUUCACCAUGAGGCCUGGUUUCGGAGGACCAGCCAUCCCUGUAGGUGUGGAUGUCCAAGUUGAGAGUCUGGACAAAAUUUCUGAGGUUGAUAUGGACUUCACCAUGACCCUGUACCUGAGACACUACUGGAAAGAUGAGCGCUUAUCAUUUCCCAGCAACAAAAACCAGAGCAUGACCUUUGAUAGUCGUCUGGUGAAGAAAAUCUGGGUUCCUGAUAUGUUCUUUGUACAUUCUAAGAAGUCAUUCACCCAUGACACUACCACUGAUAAUGUAAUGCUAAGAGUAUAUCCCGAUGGCAAAGUUCUCUACAGCCUGAGGGUCACAGUUACAGCUUUGUGCAGUAUGGACCUAAGCCGGUUUCCUCUGGACACACAGACAUGCUCGCUUGAAAUAGAGAGUUAUGCAUAUACUGAUGAUGACUUAAUGCUCUACUGGAAGAAGGGGAAUGACUCACUUCAAACAGAUGAGAGAAUCUCAGUUUCACAGUUUCUCAUACAGAAAUUCCACACUUCUACAAAGCUAGCCUUCUACAGCAGCACAGGUUGGUACAAUCGACUGUACAUCACCUUUACUCUGAGACGCCACAUCUUCUUCUUCCUGCUCCAGACUUACUUUCCUGCCACUCUCAUGGUCAUGCUGUCUUGGGUGUCCUUUUGGAUUGAUAGGCGGGCUGUGCCAGCCAGGGUCCCAUUAGGGAUCACCACAGUGCUCACUAUGUCCACCAUCAUCACGGGAGUGAAUGCAUCAAUGCCUCGGGUCUCCUACAUCAAAGCUGUGGACAUUUACCUGUGGGUCAGCUUUGUGUUUGUAUUUCUGUCAGUGAUAGAGUAUGCAGCUGUUAACUACCUGUCAACAGUGCAAGAACGGAAAGAGAGAAAACUACGAGAAAGGCUGCCAUGCACAUGUGGCCUAACUCACCCUGACCACAUGAUGAUGAGCAGCAGCUACAGCGACAUGGACGUCAACACAACAGGAAACUAUGGCCUGCAGGAGGACAUCAACACCACAGGAAGCUACAGCAUACCAGAGGAGAACGGUGUACAGCGGGAGAGGAUUCUGGUGCAGCUGGCACUGAGUGGGGAGCAAGACACUCACCACCCUGGAGACCCAAGAGCAUACAACAGCAUGUGGAUCGACACACAUGCUAUAGACAAAUAUUCACGAGUCAUCUUUCCUGGGGCUUACAUGCUCUUCAACAUUAUUUAUUGGUCCAUCUAUUUAUAA